AUGUGCAAAUCCACUCUCUCUGGAAAUUCAGCGCGGCCAUUAGAGGUCACGUACAACCUCAGCAAGUCCUUUGCUAAUCCAACACCAAUUUCGGUGCUAGGCCUCGCGAUAAGUGUAUCGACUUUGGGUUGCGAUCUCAUGGGAUGGAGAGGAGCUGGUGGUAAUGGCGCUGCGUCGACGGGUGCUUAUUUUUUCAUGGGUGGGCUGCUCAUGAUGCUGGGUGGGUUUCUUGAAUUUAUUUUGGGAAAUACAUUCCCAUUCAUUUUGUUCUGCGGCUACGGUGGGUGGUGGUAUUCCUACGGUGCGACGCUUCAGCCCUUCUUUGGAGCGUACGGGGCCUACUCGCCCGAUGCUUCGGACCCCUCAAAGGGACUUGAAGUGGCUGGAUUUAAUGCUACUUUUGUGGAGCUCAGUCUCACCAUAUCCUUUGCGCUCCUGUCAGGUGCCUUUUGGGAGCUUGCCCUGGGAAACGCCAGUGUUGCCUCGAAUCUUCAAACGGCUGGCGGUGCUUUUCUGUUUGUCGCGGGCAUUGCAGCAUGGUAUAUCCUCCUCGCGAUCACCCUAAGCUCAGUGGGAUUCCCAUUUACAUUCCCCUUGGGUGACCUCGGCGGCUUCCUCACAAAGAAAGAAAGACUCGACUCUGACGCUUCGGCCUGA